AAGAUGGCGGAGGAAACCAAAGAUACUGCACGGCAUGUCCGACAGGAACGAAUGACGAGGUAAACAGAAUGACACAAAAUGAACAAUGUAUAAGCGAGAAUUUAAGUGAAGACAUGCCAAACAACGGUCCCAAACCUUUUUGUAAGGAGAAUGCCAUUGGUGGGAUCAUUCCAGGAUGUGGUCCUUUACCGGCUUCAGGUGGUUUGCCUUGGAGAACAAAGUCGGGGAGACCAGUCCAAGCCAACAGUACAGUGUACGAAGAAUAUGUUCUGGAAUGCCCUUCAACCAGCGCAAUUGGUAAUGUUAGUAUUCGGUGUGGGGAAAAUCUUGAAUGGAACAAAAAUCCAGCGGGAAUCAAGUGUGUAUAUGGAUGUGGGCUUCUCCCAACGGAGGGUGGAUUGACCUGGUUGGAAAAUGGAAGCGAGGCCGGAAAUUACAGUGUGCCGGGAAAUCUGUACAUCCCCAAAUGUCCCCUGGGACAGAGCGCAAGCGCAGCAUUUUAUUGUGCAGAAAAUAAUACGUGGACAGGAGACCCGUCAUCUGCAGUUUGUACAGCAGUUGAGCUGCGUAGUGAGGUUGGACAGUGUUCCGGUAGUUGUAUCAUUGGGAUUUGCUCAGGACUGGUUGCUUUAUUGCUUUUAAGCAUAGUAAUUGGAGUUGGAAUUCAUUGUACAAGAAGAAAGAAGCUACCUGUUCCUUCUGAUUCACUAGAAAUGAAAGUUUACACAUAUACAGCUGACGGUCCUACUUCACCAAUGACUUGUGUAGCCACGGAAACAGUUUCAUGAGAAAUCACUGCUCUAUAGCCAUGUCAUAAGGCUCACUUCUUUCCGUAUAUUAUGCGCGGCUUAGUGCUCGCUUAACUCUAAUAAUCUUUUUUUUUUGUUUCCACGCACACACACACACACACACACACCCUCCCUCACACACACACAGAGUCAAAUACUUGGAUAAUCUGAAGAGUGUAUUUUGGAUACCCAUUAGGGCACUGACGCGUUUGCGCAAAGGGCAGUGAUACACAGCAACAAACGGUUAAUUUCCAGUGUUUGAAGAAGAAAUCAGCUUCUGCGUGUUUGGAGUAGGUGUAUUUUUUCAGAGAGGAGUUAUCGAGAGAAAUCACAACAAUCAACAGAUUUUCCACUUUGGGCGUAGAGGGAUCUUUGAUAGUAUUACCAGACAUACUAGUAUGAUCGACAGAGCAUUUUCAUCACAUUAGUAUGCUACAUAGGGAUCAAAGAAAAGAAAUCUGUAAUUGUAUGGAUAUAUUGACUUCACAAAAAACUUCGUGCUCGGUUGAUAUGCUUUUCUGUGAAUUCGACAGAUCCAUAGAUCGCACUCAUGAAAGGACUAUAUUUGUAUAAUUAUAUAAUAUUAUUCAUAUCUAGAAGGUGAAAGUGGGUAAAAUAGCCUAUUAUCGAUCCAUGCCUUAGAUGGAAGAACCAAGAAACAAUUGACGUUUAACACGUCCUGCAACUUUUGAGUCACAGAUGAUAUAACCAAUUUAGAAUUAAAUCGUUGUUAUUUGCAGCAGUUAUAAGCAAUUAUA